GCUCGGCUGCAGUGGGAGCUGCAAGUGAAGGAGUUCGGCAGCAGCAGCAGGAGGCUCCAGUGUAAGCCCAUGAAACAGGAGCUGGGCGGAGCCAGGGUGACGUUGCGCCUCAAUUGAGCCCUGCAGCAAGAAAAGAAAGAAGGAGAAAAGGAAAACAAUCUGCUGUGCGCGGAGCAGUGAGAGGAGCUGGCAGAGCAAUGCAGUGGCCCGUGUGUGCGGCAGCGCGGCUCAGGGCGAGGCUGAUGUGCAGGUGAUGUGCUGAUCCUGAGAAUCCCUGCCGGGACACACACAAGUGAGGAGCAGAGGCACAAGAGCUAGCAAUCAUGUCCAGAUUUAAGAAGGACAAGGAGAUCAUCGCUGACUAUGAGAACCAAGUGAAAGAGAUCCGCAGCCAGCUGGUGGAGCAGUUGAAGUGCCUGGAGCAGCAGUCUGAGUCCCGCCUGGCUCUCCUCCAGGAUCUACAGGAAUUCUUCCGCAGGAAGGCAGAGAUUGAGUUGGAAUACUCACGGAGCCUGGACAAAUUGGCGGAGAGAUUCUCUUCCAAGUUGCGCAGUGCUCGCGAGCAACAUCAUUUCAAGAAGGAACAGCAUCUUCUCUCCCCUGUGAACUGCUGGUAUUUGGUUCUGACUCAGACCCGGCGGGAGAGUAAGGACCACGCCACUCUGAAUGAUAUCUUCCUGAAUAAUGUGAUUGUCAGGCUCUCGCACAUCAGUGACGAUGUCAUGCGCCUCUUCAAAAAGAGCAAAGAAAUUGGACAACAGAUGCACGAAGAGCUGGCAAAGGUCACUAAUGAGCUGUAUACGGUGAUGAAGACAUAUCAUAUGUACCAUGCAGAGAGCAUCAGUGCAGAGAGCAAACUGAAGGAUGCAGAGAAGCAGGAGGAGAAGCAGUUUAGCAAAGUGGUGGAGCUCGGCUCCAAUGCCCUGAGGCUUGAGGAGAGACCACAGAGACGCAGCUCGGUCAAGAAGAUUGAAAAGAUGAAGGAAAAAAGACAAGCCAAGUACUCUGAAAACAAACUGAAGUGCACAAAAGCCAGGAAUGAGUAUCUCCUCAACUUGGCCGCUACCAAUGGCUGCAUCAGCAAAUACUACAUCCAUGAUGUGUCUGACCUGAUAGAUUGCUCUGACCUUGGCUUCCAUGCAAGCCUUGCCCGCACCUUUCGCACAUAUCUCUCUGCUGAAUAUAAUCUGGAGACCUCGCGGCACGAAGGCCUUGAUAUCAUUGAGAAUGCGGUGGAUAAUCUCGAUGCCCGCAGUGACAAGCACAAAAUCAUGGACUUGUACAACCAGGUCUUUUGCCCCCCACUCAAAUUUGACUAUCAGCCUCAUAUGGGGGACGAGGUUUGCCAGGUGAGUGCCCAGCAGCCAGUACAGAUGGAGCUCCUCAUGCGAUAUCACCAGCUGCAAUCACGUCUCACCACCUUGAAGAUAGAGAACGAGGAAGUGCGGAAGACACUAGAUGCCACCAUGCAGACCCUGCAGGACAUGCUGACUGUGGAGGACUUUGAUGUGUCAGAUGCCUUCCAGCAUAGCCGCUCUACAGAAUCCAUUAAAUCGGCUGCCUCUGAGACCUAUAUGAGUAAACUCAACAUCUCCAAAAGAAGGGCCAACCAGCAAGAGACUGAGAGCUUUUACUUCUCUAAGUUUAAAGAGUACUUGAAUGGCAGUAACCUUAUCACAAAGCUUCAGGCCAAACACGACCUUCUGAAACAGACUCUAGGAGAAGGAGAACGAGCAGACUAUGGAACCACUAGGCCCCCAUCUCUCCCCCCUAAGCCCCAGAAAAUGAGGAAACCCCGACCUCGGUCGUCCUAUAACCUUAAGCUCUUUAAUGGAAACAUGGAGCUGUUCAUUAAGGACUCUGGGCAGGCAAUCCCUUUGGUGGUGGAGAGCUGCAUCCGGUACAUCAAUUUAUAUGGUCUCCAGCAGCAGGGGAUUUUUCGAGUUCCAGGCUCUCAGAUUGAAGUUAAUGACAUCAAGAAUUCAUUUGAAAGAGGUGAGGAUCCACUUGUGGAAGAUCACAGUGAACGUGACAUUAAUUCAGUGGCGGGUGUGUUGAAGCUGUACUUUCGCGGCCUGGAAAACCCACUCUUUCCUAAGGAAAGGUUUCAUGACUUGAUAGCAACGAUCAAGAUAGAGAACCCUUCAGAGAGGGUGCAUCAUAUCCGUCAGAUCCUCAUCACGUUGCCCAAAUCCGUCCUGGUGGUCAUGAGAUACCUCUUUGCCUUCCUCAACCAUUUAUCACAGUACAGUGAUGAGAACAUGAUGGAUCCAUACAACCUAGCCAUCUGUUUUGGACCAACCCUGAUGCCCAUUCCAGAUGGGCAAGAUCCUGUGUCCUGCCAAGCACAUGUCAACGAGGUCAUCAAAACCAUCAUCGGUAGCCACGAAUCCAUUUUCCCAAGUCAUCGUGAGCUGGAGGGGCCGGUGUAUGAAAAGUGCAUGACUGGAGGAGAGGAUUACUGUGACAGCCCCCACAGUGAGCCGGGUGCUAUUGAGGAGGGUGAUCACGACAACGGCACAGAGCCUCACACUAGUGAUGAAGAGGUGGAGCAGAUUGAGGCCAUCGCUAAGUUUGACUACAUGGGACGGACUCCCCGAGAGCUGUCCUUUAAGAAGGGGGCCUCUCUUCUCCUGUACCAUCGUGCGUCCGAAGACUGGUGGGAGGGGCGACACAAUGGGGUAGAUGGUCUGAUACCCCAUCAGUACAUUGUGGUGCAGGAUCUGGAUGAUGCAUUUUCAGACAACCUUAGCCAGAAGGCAGACAGCGAGGCCAGCAGUGGGCCCCUACUAGAUGAUAAGGCCUCUUCCAAAAAUGAUAUCCACUCCCCUAUUGAGCACCUGCAGGAAUACAGCUUCUCUGGAGUGUUGGGCAGGGUGAGACUAAGAUCUGAUGGAGCUGCCAUACCACGAAGAAGAAGUGGUGGUGACAACCACAGUCCCCCCCGACCACUAGGUCCUUGUAUAGAUACCCCUCCCAGAGCCGCCGCCUGCCCCAGCAGCCCACACAAGCUGUCACUAAAUCGAGGAAGGGUGGAUAGUCCAGAGAAGCGCCGGAUGGCAACUUUUGGCAGUGCCGGGAGCAUCAAUUAUCCUGAGAGGAAGGGUCUGGCUGAAGGAAUCUCCCUGCGCUCAGUAACAGGAGGCACCAGACACAGCAGUCUUGGAGAUCACAAGUCUUUAGAAGCUGAAGCUCUAGCUGAGGACAUUGAAAAGACAAUGAGCACAGCCCUGAAUGAGCUGCGUGAGCUGGAGAGGCAGAACACAGCCAAGCAGGCCCCUGACGUGGUGCUGGAUACACUGGAACCCAUGAAACACCCUGCACUGAGCACCCCCAAUUCUGAACCGGUUAGUCCUUUGCACACCAUUAUGAUCCGCGACCCUGAUGCUGCCAUGAGGAGAAGUAACUCCUCUACUACAGAGAUGAUGACUACAUUUAAGCCUGCUCUGUCGGCACGUCUCGCUGGGUCUCAGCUGCGUCCUCCACCUGUAAGGCCGGCACGGCCCAUGGUCCAGCACAGGUCUAGUAGCAGCAGCAGCUCUGGUGUGGGAAGCCCGGCACUAACACCCACAGAAAAGGUGUUCCCCAGCAACCCGUCGGAGAAGUCAGGAACCAUGUAAAUGCCACCAGACCCCAUUAUCUUGGAUCCUCCUGUGUGGUCUGUGGGAUCCUCUGGAUGUACAGAUGAGAACUGGGUCAGGGGACACAGAAACCAAUAGAACUCCAGUGUUUACACUAAAGAGCCAGUUGUAUUAGAUAGAAUUCCUGUACCCGUGUCUCAAAUACAGUUCUGUAAAUAUUCAUAUAUUCCCUAAAUGACUCCCCUCGUUCCCCAGUUGUAGAAUCUCCUACCAAUACAUCCAAUCACACUGUGUUCUUGCACCCAGGCAUACGGAUCCUUAGUCACCCAAUUACAUGUACUGUACAUAUCUCAUGGUCUCCCCAUGCACUUAUAACCACGUGGUUCUAACCUAAGUAGUUUUUUCUUUCUCACUCAGGAUUUGUCCAUGUGCCCAGUAGCAUGUUACCAUCCAUAUUGGGCCACUUCUUGUUCCCGCCUUACUCCAUGGAUUCAUUGGUAGGCACAUUAUCAUAACGUAUCUCCAUGUCUUUCCCAACUUACACUACCACACUGGAUCUUAUUUCCACAAAUCCAACCACACAGGUUCUUACUCCACACACCCAAUCACACAGGUUCUUACUCCACACACCCAAUCACACAGGUUCUUACUCCACACACCCAAUCACACAGGUUCUUACUCCACACACCCAAUCACACAGGUUCUUACUCCACACACCCAAUCACACAGGAUCUUACUCCACACACCCAGUCACACAGGAUCUUACUCCACACACCCAGUCACACAUGAUCUUACUCCAUACAACCAGCUACAUAGGACCUUGUACCAUGCAUGUGUCAUACCCUAAUUAUCUCACCCUUGUUACCACUAUGAUAAAUCCGAUUGGACGUAUGUCAGCUGGCUUGCCCUUUUUCCUAAAUUUGUGCAUCGCUCAUAUACAAAUCUGAGUAGCAUUUUCUCAUUACAAAUAUUUACCACACUGGAUCUCAUGCCCAUCUUACCCCAGAGUUUUUCUCCAUGGACUCAUCUCAUGAACCAUCAUCUCCUCUUCAUCUCAAGGAAUUGUACCAUAGUGAUUCUUAAAUCUUCAGUUGGCCUUAAGAUGCACUAAGACUCAGUACAAUAUAUACUUUAUGGCACUGCAUUUUGUGCGUGUGUUUGCUUGGAUACGCCGGAGAUGAUAGAAUUUUCGAGUGAGUAGUCCAGUCCAGGCUGUUUUUUUUCCCUCUGGGCUAUACCUAGACACCAUGGAUUAUGGCUAAGACAAUGGCAAUGAAUGAAACAAAAUGAGAAGUACCUGUGGAAUGACAUAUUUCUUCUUGAAUCUUCAUGGUUUUUACCCUGCUCUUAAUCAGUUAGGUCAUAAAAAUGCCUUUUAUCAGCCCGGCCUUGUGGGUUUCCCAAAUGAAUUGCCCAUUUGUAGGUUGUACUUUGGACUGUGGCUGCCAUGAGAGAGUUAGGGGCCCCUGCUGCCCCCUCUGCCUGGAGGAGCGUAUACCUUUGUACAGAAUUACUCUUAUGGUUUAGUUCUAUUAACCCUGUGUAGGCCAGAGGCCUAGCUAUUAUAAAUGUGUAUAUAUAUAAACACAUAUAUAUAUAUAUAGUAGUUGAACGUAGGAUAAUUUGAAUUAUUUUUGAGUUUCAAGUAAGGCUGUUUGUACUGCCACUGGAAAGGUGAUAUAUAUGUGUGUAUAUAUAUAUUUAUAGUAUGAAUGUUCCUUAUCAACCCCUGACAUUGACCUCAAAAUUUUAAUCCAAUAAUACUUUCCUUAUGCAUCUGGGACUUGAGUUUGGUCAACAAAAACCUUGUUUCCCCUAAAUGUAUCCGUGAGGGGCAGGUGUACUACACCUACAGGCUAAUAUUAUCAUAGGCACAUAGUUUGCUCCAGACCUGGUAACCCACAGCAACCAAUCUUUAGGUAGAGUUUGAUGGUCAACUGGUUGCUACUGGUUACAAGAUGCAGAACCUUGCACCUAUUAUUGCAUUAAGUCAUUGUUUGCGUAAAAAAAAAAACCUCAAGUCCGAAACAGCUGUAGCCCUAUGACACAUUAGGAAUUUACCGGGCACCACCACCUGACUUUACCAGUAUCCACUACAGGAAAAGAGUUUCCCAUUCAUUCCAAUAAGAAGGGCACUUAAACAGCUGUUCCCUUAACUUGCCUCAUUAUGCUCUUGUUAGACAUUCUUGCCCUAUUUAUUGGCAAUGGGCUUCAUUUCCAAAUAUUCAAGACAAUACAGCCAGAUGAAUAUUUAAAGGGGCAAUUCACCUUUGAACAAAAUUGUAGUAUGUUAUAAGUGGACUUACCGGUAUUCUAAGCAACUUUUCAUUCAGUCUUCAUUUUAUUAUUAUUGAUGUUAUUUUGAAUGGUUAGCCUUCCUCUUCUGGCAUUCUACCGAAAAAUCUCUUGUGUAAUUGUGAUCACUGAUUCAAACCAAAAACAAAAAAAUUCACCAUAUUAUGAUUUUGUUUUAUUGCUGAUCUUUCUAUACAUGCCUUCUACAAUUCAUUCGGAACUUCUAAACUGCAGCCUGGUUGCUUGGGAGAAUCAAGCCCUAGCCGCCUGAUAGCAGAUACUGUAAUUAAUAAGCUUGAGUACUGCAGAACAAAAAAAUAAAUCAGUAACAAAACACAAAAAUGAAGACCAAUUGCAGUUGUCUUGUAGAAUAUCAUUGUUUACAACAAAUUAAAGGUCAAUUUAAAGGCAUACUAGGCCGCUACUGUUACACAGAGCCAAUACAUUGCAUUGCAGUUCUACUUGUAACUUGUUCUGUGACAAAAAUGUAAAAAUGUAUUAUAGGGUUUAUUUUUGCACCUCAUUUUGGGGUGAGAUUUGAAAUGUGUGGGUCAUGAGUGUUGACUACAAUGUUCAUGUGAGGCAAGUAACAUUUGUUACCACAAUUCUGGAGGAUGUAUAAGGGGCACAAGCAAAUGUACCCAUAACACACUGCUGUGCAGAGAUGCUAAUGAGAUGCAAUCGAUACACACAGGGCUUCUGGCUUCUCUUUACAACAAGAUUCUGAAGCUUUGAGGUCCAUGUGGCCUCCUUGCUCUUCAUGGUUGUCCGGAGCUCGUGUAACUUGUAUAUUACGCCUAUUUAAAGUGCCAAACCAAUGUGCUCUGGUUGUUCUGGUGAUUAUUAAUCUACAGCACCAAUCUACAGCACCAAUGAAAGAAAUUUAUUGUACACUCAACUUUAUCUGAGCUUUGGUUGUCAUGUGGGUGAGGGCCGGGUUUUCACUGUGAUGAGCUAGUGGGGCCUUGAGAAGAAAGAGUAAGAGCAACUGCUGUACAGCAAUACUGGAUUGUACCCUAACGCCUGUCUCUGAGCCAGUCCAACACAACAGGACACCCUUACAGGGCCACAUUUAUGUUAAUCACUUUUCUAGGAAGAAUUAACAACUGUCUCUGUUACUUUUCUUCUCUGUUGAUAACCUUGGCAUUCAGUAGAAUAUUUACCCACCAAGCUGGUAAAAUACAGACCAGUAGGCAAACCUCUAGCUAUACUGUAUGGGGAAUAAUGCCCCACCCCUCCAUAAUAAAAUUAAAAUCACCAAGGAAAUCCAUAUCCAUACACGUUAUUGUAUACAGAACUCUAGGGUGACUCCUAUUAUUCUCAUAUUUUAAAGGAUCAGUAAACCAUUAAAAAAUUGAUGCAAAAUUGCUCUGGGUGCGUUUCUAAGUUUCCAGUUUCAGAGCUAUUUAAGUUUUUAUUAACUGCCAGUAUAAUUAUUUUUUUAACAGGGUCACAGUUCUUGUAACAAUACAGUCAGAGAGAUGUAUCUUUAGAAUGAAAACUAAAUCUUCGAAUUAUGCUCUGCUCUGGAAAGAGAUUGUCUUCUGAGGCUUUUCAUCUAUUUCCUGAGCAGUGCAAGACUUUUCUGUUUUCCUUCUGAAUGUAAAGCUCUCCGACUACACAGUCAGAAGAAUUGACCAGCUGGUGGCACUGUUGUUAAAAAAAAUCAUUUGGCACUUGAUAAAAACUUAAAUAGCACAGAAACUGAACAGUUAAUAAGCAGAGAGUUUCUUUUGAUACAAGUGACAUCACUGAGCAUCGUUCAUAACUGAUGACAUCAUUAUUUAUAAGGAUAUUUGUCAAGGUUAUUGUGGCUCUUGUGUAUUGUAACUUACUGAAUAACACCUAUUAGCUGCACACUAGUAUUUACUUACAAAUUAAGGAGCAGAACUUUCCUCCAAUUCCAAAGACUGCUGAGGGGUUGGCAGGGCUAAUAACCACAUCAUUCACUGGCAUGUUGUACUGAGCCUCAGAUAAAAUCUGUGAAAUCCCAUAAGCUCACCAAGGCCUGGCAUGGAUUUGCUUCCUAACUGAUACUUGACACCACUUCUGCUCUUUGCAUUGUGUGAUUUGGCUCAGAUCCCAAUGUUGCACAAUGUGUUCUGCAUAGGAGUCCUGGGUGGGAAUACAGACCCUCCUUGCUCUCUCUCUGACUCCAUAUAUCUAGUGCAAGAUGCCCCGUUGCAAGUUUUCUGUGCAUGAGGCCUGAAUCCGUGCACUGCCCCUCGCCUGUUCUACCUGGUUAUAGUCCAUAUGCCUUGGACAGUUAGCCUUCUUGCAUGUUUCUCUUGUUUGGCAAUGGAAACACACUGAGAAUGAAAAUUUAGGGUUUCCGUAGUAGCUGAGGUUGAACAAAGACACAUGUUCAUUAAGUUCAACCUUUUGAGCUAGCAUAUGGAAGUAGCAUAUACUAAGCAUGCAUUUAAUUGAUGCAAUGAAUGCUGCAAAUAAAACAUGUUUAGGAAUUUUAGUUGCUGUCAAAUGAACCAGGGACCUCUUAAAUCAGGUUUGGCCGACAUGGGGCCUUCCAGAGGUUAUUGAACUACAUCUCCCAGCUCCUCCCCCUUGAUCCUGUAAGUUGUUCUAUAUCAUACCUACCUGUGCCAUAAAUAAAAACAUAAAUAUAUAUAUAGAUAUAUAUUUAUAUAUAUAUAUAUAUAAUCCCUCUAGUGAAUUUGAACUUCACUUCCCAGAAGAAAGUAAGGUGCUGGGAGUUUAGCAGCAGGGUGAAUGUGCCAUACCCAGAGGAAAGCCAAAAAUGCUUAUUACAAGCACAAAAACCAGUAAUAUCUCACUCAAGUGGAUCGGCUUUGCCCUGAGCAAAUUCCACAAGUGCCCUCAGACCUGGGCUUUCUUGGUUAAUUCUGAAAUGCCCGAAAGGUCUUUGCUGCAAAUGCCUCCUAGAAGUGAACAUGUUACUUAUCAGUGUAAUGAACAACAAUUACUGCUGUACAAAGCUUACGGUUGGGGGGCUGCCUGCCAAAGCACAAUGUUUAACACUGUGACGUGUGAAUGAUGUUAUCCAGUUCAAGCACCAUCCCACCUGGGAGAGUUUGUUUUUUGCCUCUAAAAUUAAGUGCACACAUUGAAUGGUAAUGGGCCACCUGGGAUUGGUUGCACUUUAUUGUCUCCACUGUGCUUAUUGAAUUUUGACUCCAUGAAUAAGUAAGAGCAGCCUUCCUCUUCUGUGCUCUGCUUGUAGGUGGCAUGUAGAUCUGACAGGCAGGGUGCAUUGAAGCAGAUAAUAGAUUUAUAUGAGCACCAUACGAAUGCCUACACAUAUUAUGACCAUGGCAAGCAAGAAGACCACUAAGCUUAAAGGCAUGCCUCGUUGAGAAGGGACAAAGUCAUAGGUGACAGUCAGUAGACAAACCAUGUAGAGAGUUCAAAGUAACCCCACGUAAUGCAGCUCUCAAUACAAUCACCUUAGAGCAAUACAAUUCUUCCAGCAGCCAUGGCUCUCAAAAGUUCUAAAUAACUCCACCUAAUGCAGCUUUCCAUCCAACAAAAGGUCUUUUCUGGUUGGCUCACCCUACAAGGUGCUAUUGCCAUCUAGACUGCUAUUUUUAACUAAAGGGAUAAAUCUGUUUUUCUUCUGGAAUGAAGCUGCCAUUGUAGCAGGCACACUGGGGCCCAGGUUUACUUUCAAAAUAAUGGCCCAACAAUGAUACAAUGCCAGUGUUUAGUAGCACCAUUACUUAAAAUGAUGAAACAUGACCGGGAAAUGCGUGCCUUUCUUGCAGAUUAUUGGAGACGGGGUAGGUUAUGGGUGUAGGCUAAAAAUGGCCCGCCUGUCUAACCAUGCCACUAAUGGGGUUCGUAGACUUCAGCCAAUCCUUUGCUUUGUGAAAAGGGAUCUGUUUGAUUCUGUGCUGGGCAGCUAAAAUCUAAAUGAAAAGGAAGCUUUCUAGGAAUUGAAAGCUAAAAUGUAGUUAGGAAACAAUAAAUCGACCAAACUAUUUUAGUGCUUUGGCCACUUCCUGUGAAUACGGGGCGAGGGGUUGUCCACUUUGCAUUAUAUUGACUGCAAAUUGAACGUCAACUUGAAUUGAUUUGACCAGCCUUAAUACUUUAUAUCACAGCAUGUUCAGUUUAAAUCAUCAUAUCCAACGGCACUUGGGGCCAGUUUUAAAUGAAAUGUAGUGGGGAGGGGGGGUGACUAUAUAUUUCUUGUUAUGUAGCCGGAUCUACUUACCUUUGCUAUUUAUACUCUAGUAUUUAUUCUGUCCAGUAGCAACCUAAUAAGUCAUGUGUUUGUACCACUGUCUGCAAUGAAUUCUGGGUACUGUAGUCCAAUAUACCUAUAUGUACACAAACUGUGUUUAUGCCUCUGCAUCCUCUCUGACAAUAUACUCAUGCACUGUGCUGUUCCCUUACGCCACCCUCUGGCCUAUAACGCAGCUGUACAGACUCUUCUAUAAAGACCCGUCGGGUCGCCACAGAAAAGCACAUGUCUCUCAGCCACUUCUGAUUGGCUGUUUCUAUUUCAAUGGUGUUGCCAGGUAACAGUAGAGGAACCACCAAUUGGCUGUCCCUGCAUAAUAAUAAUAGUAUGCUAUAAAUAUUGUCAAUGUUGUGUAUGGAGACUGCUCCAGCCGUGUGUCUGAUGCGAUAUGCUAAUUAUAUGCUAAUGAAUCCCAUGUAGAAUAAUAAACAUGACUGGAAUAUUAAGUAAAUGGAAACAUU